UUUCCAUGUUUAUAUCGGCCGACCAGAUGAAAGUCGCGGACUUUUUGAGGAUUCGAACAAAACCCCAUUAUUCCUAAACUACAGAGCUUCGCCAAGAUACAGUUUUGAAGUGAGGUCGUUUUCAUUUAGGAAUUCAUCUGAUUAUGUCUAAAUGGGAAGGUUUUUAUUGACUCUUCUAUGCAACAUUGUGGCUGAGAAUGAUUCCGUCUAGGGUUUGGACUGGGGAACUAUAUACUUUACUUCUAGUACUCCAUGUGAAACAUAGGCAGUUUUAUAAUAUAUUAUAAAACAAGAAAUCACCAAAAGUUGCAUAAUUGUUCGGAGCUCAGGAUAAGUACAACAGUAGCCAAAACGAUGGCCUGUGAGGAGAAGACUCUGGAAGUGGAUAUGCUCAUCAGCCCACGGGGCAAGGGAAAAGGUGGAUUCCUGGCUUGCAUGUUUGUUUUUGUGUUGGGGACCUUUGAGAAUAUAGGAUUUGUAGCUAACAUGGUGACCAUGGUUCUGUAUUUUAAGAUUGUGAUGCACUUUGAUCUAUCUGCUUCUUCAAAUACUCUUACGAACUUCAUGGGUUCAGUUUGGCUUCUCUCACUCUUGGGAGGCUUCAUUUCAGACACUUUCUUAAAUCGACUACAAACGUGUCUGACAUUUGGAGCAUUCGAAGUACUGGGUUUAAUAAUGGUUACUAUUCAAGCUUACGAUAAAAGCCUGCAUCCUGAUCCUUGUGGCAAGUCAAGUUGUGUCAAAGGUGGUAAAGCAGCCAUGUUCUAUGCCUCCCUUUGUCUAUUAGCAGUUGGUUCUGGUGGAGUUAAGGGGUCUCUUCCAGCACUUGGUGCCGACCAGUUUGAUCGCAAGGACCAGAAAGGAGAGAAGCUUCUUGCAAGCUAUUUUAAUUGGUACUUACUCAGUACAACGAUUGGAUCCAUGGUUGGAGUUACAGUCGUUGUGUGGGUUAGCAUGAACAGAGAUUGGUACUGGGGUUUCCUCAUUGGCACUGUCACUGCUGUUGUUGGAUUCAUCUUUCUUGCCAUUGGGAAUCCCUUCUACUGUUUCCAACCCUUGGGAAGCAGCCCUAUAGUGAAGAUUGCACAAGUUAUAGUGGUUGCAAUUAGAAACAGAAGGUUGUCAAUACCAACUAGUCCAGAUGAACUGUACGAGAUCGAUGAUGAAGAUAGAGAUCCAUCUGAAGAAAAAAUUUCACAUACAAGCCAAUUCAGGUCGCUCGAUAAAGCUGCUAUUCUUCUCGAAGGCAUGACUCCAAAGCCAUGGAAAGCCUGCACAGUUACCCAAGUUGAAGAAGUCAAGAUAUUAACAAGAAUGCUGCCCAUUAUUGGAAGUACAAUCAUAAUGAACACAUGCAUGGCACAGUUGCAAACAUUCUCAGUGCACCAAGGCUACUUCAUGGAUCCCUAUAUUUGCUCAUUCAAGUUCCCAACAUCAUCAAUACCAGUGAUACCACUCUUCUUCAUGUCCCUCCUCAUACCCAUCUACGAGUUCCUCGUGGUCCCUUUUGCUCGGAAGAUCACCGGCCAUCCAUCAGGCAUUACGCAGCUUCAACGUGUUGGAGUGGGGCUUGUUCUCUCUAUUAUUUCAAUGGCAGUAGCCGCCAUAGUUGAAGUGAAGAGAAGGAACCAUGCCCACAAAAACCCAUUACAGCCCUUAAGUCUGUUCUGGCUUUCCUUCCAAUAUGGCAUUUUUGGAAUUGCAGACAUGUUCACAAUUGUGGGAUUGAUGGAGUUUUUCUACAAGGAAGCUCCCUCAGGAAUGAGAUCGCUAUCUACUUCCUUCACCUUUUUAUCCCUAUCAUUUGGCUACUUCUUGAGCAGUAUAUUUGUGGACCUCAUUAACUCAAUCACCAAAAAGAUUACUCCAAGUAAACAAGGGUGGCUACAUGGAAACAACUUGAAUGAUAACAACUUGGAUCUUUUUUACUGGUUCCUGGCUAUCCUUAGCGCCCUCAACCUUGCAAUCUAUCUUUAUUGUGCUUCAUGGUACAAAUACAAGGAAGACAGGGAAUCUUCGAACAACCAAGAGUAUAGAGAGGAGCAUGUGGAUCAAAACAGAGAUAAUUAUCCUAGACAGGUACGGAUUGAUUUUCCUUUUUUUCAUGGUGAGGGUCCAAGUGGUUGGUUGUACAAGGUAAACCACUAUUUCACUUAUUACAAUACCCUACCUCAACAUAGACUAAGACUUGCAUCCUUUCACAUGGAUGGUCAAGCUUUAGUUUGGUUUCAAGACCUUGAGGAGUCUGGUGAAAUAAGGGAGUGGGAGGAUUUCACUAAGGCCUUAUUAACUAGAUUCGGGCCAUCAUCUUAUGAUGAUCCUAUGGAAGCUUUGACAAGGCUCAAACAAAUGGGCACUGUUGAAGAAUAUAAAGCCAGCUUUAAAGGGUUAUCUAAUAGAUUGAGGGGUUUGUCGGAAGGGUAUAAGUUAAGUUGUUUUCUCAGUGGUUUAAAAGAUGAAAUUAGACUACAAGUGCGUAUGUUUAAUCCCAAAGAUUUGCUAAGUGCUUAUAGUCUUGCAAAAUUACAAGAAGAGAGUGUGUCUGUGUACAAAAAACAGUUUCGGUCUGGGGGUUAUCAUGAGUCAGGCAUCCUGAAAAACAGCCCCAACAACCACCAAUCCAUCCAAAAACACAACCAUAACCCAAACAGUAACCCCUCUAGCCAAAAAGCCAUUGUUUCAGUGCAGAAAAUUAAACCUCACCAAAUGAAAGAAAGGAGGGAUAAGGGUUUAUGUUAUUAUUGUGAUUCCAAGUGGAAUCCGGGUCACAAAUGCCAACGACCCAAAUUAUUUUUGAUGGAAGAAGUGGAGGAGGAAGAUGUUGUAAUAGAGGAAGAGAAGAUAGAGUUGGUAAAUGAAGAGGUUUUGGAUUUUGUGGAUAAUCCCAAUCAACCUGAAAUUUCUUUACAUGCAAUUAUUGGGUCCAUUAGUCCAAAAACUAUGAGAAUUAGAGGGAAGAUAGGGAAUCAGGAACUAGUAGUUUUAAUAGACUUGGGGAGCACCCACAACUUUGUGGAUCCCUCGGUUAUUAAAAAGGGGAAUAUUCCUGUCAAUCUAGUCGAAAAGGUGAGAGUUAGAGUGGCGAAUGGGGAACAAGUUAGUAGUGAAGGGGGGUGUUCUGACCUGAGAGUGAAGUUACAAGGCAAUGUUUUCCUUAUUGAUGCAUUUGUCUUAGUGUUAGCAGGCUGUGAUAUGGUGUUAGGGGUUCAAUGGUUGAGGGAGUUGGGAACCAUUCUAUGGAACUUUAAAGAUUUAUCCAUGAAGUUUCAGCAAGAGGGUAGAGCAGUAGCAUUACAGGGUUUGUGGGCUUCCAACUUAAUUGAAGAGGGAAAUUUGAAUAUGAAUAAUAAAUUGGAAAAAAAGGGACUGUUACUACAGUUAGUAGAAGUGUCCAGUGAGAAGUCAGCAAGUGAGUUGCCCCCAUUGGUGCAGAAACUGUUAGGACACUAUGAGGAUGUGUUUGGAGACCCGAAAGGGUUACCCCCACAAAGAAGUCAUGACCAUUCCAUCACCCUAAACCCAAACACCAACCCAAUCUCAGUAAGACCAUACCGUUACCCUUAUUUCCAAAAGGAUGAAAUUGAAAAAAUUGUGAGAGAACUAUUAACUUCAGGAGUGAUAAGACCAAGCCACAGCCCCUAUUCAUCUCCUGUUUUACUUGUAAGAAAAGCCGAUGGGUCAUGGAGAAUGUGUGUGGACUAUAGGGCUUUGAACAAAGUAACGGUGAAGGAUAAAUAUCCCAUUCCCGUGGUGGAGGAGUUAUUAGAUGAACUCAGUGGGUCUAGGAUGUUUUCUAAACUGGAUCUAAGGUCGGGGUAUCACCAAAUAAGAGUCAAACCAAAUGAUAUUCACAAAACAGCCUUUCGGACCCAUGAAGGGCAUUAUGAGUUUUUAGUGAUGCCGUUUGGGCUAACCAAUGCCCCUUCAACUUUCCAAAGUCUAAUGAAUGAUAUAUUCAGACCAUACCUUAGAAAGUUUAUCCUAGUGUUUUUCGAUGACAUUUUGGUCUAUAGCAAGACGGUGGAAGAGCAUGUGCAGCACUUAAGGGUAACUUUGGAGCUUUUGAGAAAACAUUGUUUGUUGGCUAAGCUUUCAAAAUGCAGAUUUGCUACUGAAGAAGUAUCUUAUUUGGGUCAUUUAAUUUCUGUUGAGGGUGUAAGGACAGAUCCAGAAAAAUUGGCAGCAAUGAAGAGUUGGCCUUUUCCCACGACCCUCAAGUCACUUAGGGGUUUUUUGGGAUUAACCGGGUAUUAUAGAAGAUUCAUUAAGGGUUACGGAAGCAUUGCAGCCCCUUUAACCCAGUUACUUAAAAAGAAUCAGUUUAUUUGGACCGAGGAAGCUAGAAAGGCCUUUGAGGAAUUAAAAAGGGCAGUGACUCAACCCCCUGUUUUAGCCUUGCCAGAUUUUACAUUACCAUUUGUAGUGGAGUGUGACGCGUCAGGAACUGCUGUAGGGGCUGUCCUUAUGCAAAAACAAAAGCCUAUAGCAUUUUACAGUCAGUCUCUCAAAGGAAGGAGUUUGUCGAUGUCCACAUAUGAAAAGGAGCUCUAUGCCUUGGUGAUGGCAGUUCAGAAAUGGAGUCCUUAUUUACUAGGCCACCCCUUUGUGGUGAAAACAGAUCAUCAGAGUUUAAAGCAUUUGUUAGAGCAGAAGAUUGGGACUCCAAUGCAGCAUAAAUGGAUUACUAAGUUGUUAGGCUAUGACCUGGUAGUGGAGUACAAGAAAGCACAAGACAACAAGGUGGCCGAUGCCUUGUCUAGAAGGGCUGAGGUGGAAGAAAGUGCUGAAGGGGCAGUUUUAACAGUUAUUUCUCUACCUACCUUUGAGUGGUGGGAAGACAUAAAAAAUGCAUAUGCUCAAGACCCAAAUAUGCAAGAGUUAUUAAAUAAAUUCCAGCAAGGGGAAUUACAAUCUGCCUAUACUAUGAGGGAUGGAGUCUUGCUCUAUAAACAGAGGGUAGUGGUUGCUGAUGUUGAUGAGCUGAAGAAAAGGUUAUUACAGCUACUGCAUGAUAGCCCAGUUGGGGGCCAUUCGGGUUAUGAUAAAACCCUUCAUAGAUUGAGAAGGGAUUUCAAGUGGACAGGGAUGAAGGCUGAUGUAAAAAGAUUUAUUAGAGACUGUGACACUUGUCAGAAAGUUAAGGCAGACCAGUCUAAGCCAAGUGGCUUGCUGCAACCACUCCCCAUUCCCUACCAGCCAUGGACACAAAUUUCCAUGGACUUUAUUGAAGGGUUGCCCUCUUCCCAUGGAUUUAGUUGCAUUUGGGUUGUGGUGGACAGGUUAACUAAAUAUGGGCAUUUUAUACCAAUGAGCCAUCCUUUUUCUGCAAAAACUGUGGCCCAGCUAUUUACUAAACACAUUUUCAAGUUGCAUGGAAUGCCUAAUUCCAUAGUUUCCGAUCGGGACAGCACCUUCACAGGGCAAUUUUGGAGGGAGCUAUUCAAGAUCCAAGGGGUGCAACUUGCUUUUAGCACUGCCUAUCAUCCCCAAUCAGAUGGGCAGAGUGAGGCAGUGAACAAAUGUGUUGAAAACUAUCUGAGGUGCUUCUCGGGUGACAGACCCAAAGAUUGGUCCACGUGGAUUCCCUUAGCCGAAUGGUGGUACAACACCACUCAGCACUCAUCCACAAAGACUACACCAUUUCAGGCUUUAUACGGAUAUUCUCCCCCCAGGUUACUCAACUACACGCCAGGUACAGCUAAAGUUGAGGCAGUGGAGGAAACCUUGAAGAGCAGAGAGGAAAUGCUGGAGAUCCUUAAGCACAACCUCAAGAAGGCUCAAGACCGCAUGAAAAAAUAUGCGGAUCUUAAGAGGAAAGAUCAAAACUUUGAAGAAGGAGAGUGGGUUUAUCUUCGUCUACAACCCUACCGACAGCUAUCAGUGGUCAAUCGAAAGCAUUUGAAGCUUGCCCCUAGGUUUUAUGGGCCAUACAAGGUCAUACAAAGGGUCGGUUCAGUAGCAUAUAAAUUGAAACUUCCACCAACAGCAACAAUCCAUCCAGUUUUUCACAUAUCCCAACUCAAGAAGAAAUUAGGACAGAGAAACAUACCUCUUGAAGAGCUGCCACCCACGGAUGCCGUAGGAGUGUUGAAGCCCGAGCCGGAGAAGAUAAUCAGCAAGUGGUUUCGCAAGCCGAGGCAUAACAUACCCAUCACCGAGCACUUGGUGCAGUGGCAGGGACAGAGCGAAGAUGAUGCCACUUGGGAAUCAUACGAGUGGCUGAAGGGAGCUUAUCCUCACCUUGUGGGCAAGGUGAUUUGA